GGUUGAAGGCUGUGAUCAAACUGCGACGUAGUUUUGAAGCAGGAGAAAGCCAACUCGGAGCUUGCCCAAAAGCGACAGUCUCGAGGUAAAAUCUCCUUCAUUUGCAACCGCAUACAGCCACACACUCUCCUUUGUGGACUGAGCUUUCCCUCACCGAUCCUCUCUUGAAAGUCCGAAGAAUACUCGUCGCAAAUCAGUCCCCAGGUCUCUCUCUCUCUCUCUCUCUCUCGUUUUAGAUUGAAGCAGCAUACACGAACUCUGAAUGCUUCUUAAUCGUACGCAAUGAAGAAGCAAAUGGUCCCAAUGAUUAUAAAAGGGUUGUUCAGAAGAUAUGAAAGAUGGAAUCCUGUACAUCCUACUUUUGGAUCCUUUUGGGGUAUGGGACUAGGUAUUGGCUGCGGUGUUGGAUGGGGUCCUGGAUUUGGUCCUGAAGUUAUUGGUUAUGUUGGUGCUGGCUGUGGUGUUGGAUUUAGUGUGGGCAUCACUCUGGCUGGUUUUGGCAUUGGGCUUCCUGCUAAUUAUAUCUUUCAAGUUCCAUAUAAUGCUAUUGUGGCAACAAGACGAAGGGCACUGACGUUUUUCCAGUCUGGUGGUCUUCUUUCUGGAAAAGAUGUUUCUGGGGAUGAAUGGAAUAGUUUUGCACCUGAUAUUUCUGUUUUCCAAAGAGAAGCCAGCAGAAGAUUAUUUGCCUUUAACAAAAAUAUUUUCUUGGAUAAAGGGAUUGACUUAUUUGAUAUGAAGAGCAAGCUGUCUGUACAUGCCAGAUCAUUUUCUAAAGAUUUAGAGACAUUUUCUACUUGCUUCUUCCACCCUCGCAAAGGUCCAAAAGAUUGAUGUCCAAGAUGGAUAAUACAAAGUGUAAGCACUAUACAGAUGUUAGCUCCAUGAUACUCAUUAUUCUUCUACAAAUGGUCUAUUGCGAUUAUCCAUCUUCAGAAAUAUAUUUGCCACGUGGAUGAAAGGUUUUUGUUUUUGCCUCCUUUGCCUUCUUCAACUUGACUAAUCCUUAUGCAAUCUAAUUACGGUCCGCAACAGCCAAACGUAAUAUUUUCAACUUUUUGUAUUGAAUUCUAAUUUUGAAUCCUAUAUGUGUCUGCAAUCCUUUCAAUUUUUUUGGGUUACUAUGAUCUGUUUGACCCUUGAGGAAAAUAAAGGAGGCUGUAAAUUCUGACAGUAUUCUGAUUCAGUUUGGAUGCUAUUAUCUCUCGGUGAUUGAAAAAAGAAAAACGUGGAGUCUGCUUAAGAAAAACCUUGUCAGUCAUCACUGGCCAGAUUAGUUCUGCAACUCUCUUGUAUGAUGAAAUUGGACAAGCAUUAAAAUGAAUAUAAUCUUCUGGCUGCUGUUUGUUUCUAAGCAAGCUGACCAUGUUAUAGUUCAGAGGAGCAGGUUUGUGGUGGCAUCAAAAUGUGAAAUUUGGUUUCACAUACCUUGAAAACUAAAGUUGGUGGGAAUUAUUAUCCUAAUGUGGUUGUAAAUAAUUUCUCUCAAAUGAAUUACUGAUUUAUUGUUAUUUGUGUCAUGAUAUCAUAUUUGACUAGUGAGGUACUUGGAGAAACUGGAGAAUCAAAAUCUACUCGCUCGGCUAAUUUUUCCAGGUUUCUGGUGCAUUGAAAAAGUACUAUCGUGUAUGAGAAAAAAAAACUAUUGCUUUUGCUAUGCCCAUUGCGCUGAACGCUUAUUUACUGAAGCUAGUGGCAACGAGUGGUGUGGAGUGCUUGUGCUGUGGGGUGGCAGCGGCUUCUGCAGAUGGCAAGGGCUGUGUUGGCGGCGACAAGGGAUGUCAAUGUGGGUUUUGAAGGUUGUUAAUGGAGGUAUUUCUUUUUAGAAAAAGUAUGGAUUCCUUUAAUUUGCAUGGAUAUUCUCAAGUCUUUAUACAUUAAAUUUCUAUUUGUUUCCAAAAAAUAAUUGUAGAAAAUAUAUUAUAUAAAAAACAUUUUGUGCGAAAAAUAUUUUCAAAGAGAUUAUUUAUUUUUUAUUAUUUAAUUUUAAUUUAAAAAAUAAAAUAUAUUAAUAAAUUUAUAUGUGGAAGUGUUAAUAAAAUUUUCAAAACACGGAAAAUGAUUUAAUUUUUUAUUAGACUAGAAAAAAAAAUAUUUUUUUUAAAAUUUUUUUAGUGAAACAAAUGGAGGCUAAAUUAUUGUAAAUAUCUUAUAGAAAAUACUUCUAAAUAGAAGUUGAGAAGCAGUCUUCAUAGGGUUUGUAAGGGGCAAAGUACAUUUGCAUGAAGGACUUUUGUUUAAGGUGUUGGCGUCCAUAGUUGUCAAUUAUGAGAAAAUUUUAUAAGACAUCUUAUGUUCCCUCUACAAUUGACGAAAGAUGCUCUUCCCCAACCUACAAAGGAUAAUAUUUGCUAGAGUUUUGUUACUUCCAGAGCUUUUUGGAUAGCCAUAGGAUCAAAAUAUACACUGAAAAAAAAAAAAUAAAAAACUACU